CUCGCUUUACGGCAGUGUCGCACGCCGCUGUGUCGCGCCGGGCCCGGCAGCCGGAAGGCAGAUCUCUGCACGUUGCAUUGUGAUUUUAAUUUCUCAUCCUAUGGAUCACUGAAUGAGUAACAGAUGGCUUUACCUCGUCUUACGGGAGCUUUACGCUCUUUUUCAAAUGUCACUAAACAAGAUGAAUAUAGUGAAGAAUCGGGUGAUGUAAUGAAUAAAAGGUCAAAAUUACAAAAACAGUUAAUGAGCUCUGAGCUUACAUGGAAGAAGAUAGUAGAAUUUAUUGAAGACAGUUUGGACAAGAAGGAACAGCAAUCAAUAAAUGGAGAUUUAAAAACUAUAUUACAGGCUGCAAAACAAAUAGUAGGAGCUGAAAAUGGCCAAGAAGCAAUUGAAAGCGGAGCUGUUUUUCUUUUUAAGACCUUUCACAUGAAGGAAUGCGUUGGUCGUGAUGAAACAAAGGCAAUCAAACAGAUGUUUGGGCCCUUUCCCUCAUCCUCUGCUACUGCUGCCUGUAAUGCCACAUGUCGGAUUGCUUCGUAUUUCACUGAAGAACAGCUUACUUCUCUUAUACAGAUGGGUGAAGAGCAAAAUGACGAUAACAGAGUAUUCUUUGGUAAAAAUAUAGUAUUUUCAUUUGACAUGCAUGACCUUGAUCACUCUGAAGAACUGCCAAUAAACGGGGAUGCAACUGAACAGAGAACUAUAAGCUUAGACUACAAGAAAUUUCUGAAUAACCAUUUGGAACACUUCCAGAAUUGUUAUGAUGACAACUCUGAUCUUAAAUCAUUGGAAAAAGUGGAUGAUUCUUUUCUGUGGUGUGAGGUUGGGAAGUUUCUAAAUGAAUCACUAAAAGGAACCCCUGGAGAACCAACAACAGAUGAUCUCUGCUGUACUUUGUAUGAGAUGCUUGCAUCUAGUAAAAGUGGUGAUGAACUUCAGAAUGAGUUAUUCGAACUGUUAGGCCCUGAGGGAUUUGAACUCAUAGAGAAACUACUACAGAAUAGGUCUAUGAUUGUGGAGAGAUCUCUGUCAUGGCCAAAUGAUUACAAGCUGCAGUCUCUACAAGAACAGUGCAAAAAGUUUGCGGGUGACAACACUAAACCCAAUUAUGGUUGUCAAGUCACAAUUCAGUCUGAACAAGAAAAGCUGUUAAUGAAACAAUAUCGUCGGGAAGAAAAACGAAUUGCCAGACGAGAAAAACGAUCUGGGGAAGAAGGAGACAUUUUUGGAGAAGGACUAAUGUGUUUUGAUCCCAAGGAGCUGCGGAUACAAAGAGAACAAGCUCUUCUGAAUGCUCGAAGUGUGCCAGUCCUAGGCAGACAGAGAGAGAUGGACUUUGAAAAAAUUCAUUAUCCACAUGUUUAUGAUUCCCAGGCUGAAGCUAUGAAAACAUCAGCAUUCAUUGGGGGUGCUAAGAUGCUAUUACCAGAGGCAAUCCAGAGAGAAAACAACAAAAUGUAUGAAGAAGUAAAGAUCCCUCAUAGUGAACCAAUGCCUAUUGGUAUUGAGGAAAAAAUUGUGUAUAUCAAAGACUUAGAUGAGAUUGGGCAACUUGUUUUUAAAGGCAUGAAAAGACUGAACCGAAUCCAAUCAAUAGUUUUUGAGACUGCCUACAAUACAAAUGAGAACAUGCUGAUCUGUGCACCUACUGGAGCUGGGAAAACUAACAUUGCAAUGCUAACUGUCUUGCAUGAAAUUCGCCAGCAUGUUCAGCAAGGAGUUAUCAAAAAAGAUGAAUUUAAGAUUGUAUAUGUUGCUCCUAUGAAGGCUUUGGCAGCUGAAAUGACAAAUUACUUCAGCAAGCGUCUGGAGCCACUAGGCAUCACCGUGAAAGAGUUGACCGGUGACAUGCAGUUGUCAAAAGGUGAAAUUCUGCGAACACAGAUGCUCGUCACCACUCCAGAGAAAUGGGAUGUAGUGACAAGAAAGAGCGUUGGGGAUGUAGCGCUCUCUCAACUUGUGAAGCUCCUUAUUCUUGAUGAAGUUCAUCUUUUGCAUGAAGACAGAGGACCAGUACUGGAGAGUUUAGUGGCACGCACCUUACGUCAGGUUGAAUCUACACAGAGCAUGAUCAGGAUUUUGGGCCUUUCGGCUACAUUACCCAAUUACCUUGAUGUAGCUACAUUCCUACAUGUUAAUCCUUACAUUGGACUAUUCUACUUUGAUGGCCGUUUUCGACCUGUACCACUGGGACAGACAUUUAUAGGAAUUAAGACAACAAAUAAGGUGCAGCAGAUGAAUAAUAUGGAUGAAGUAUGUUACGAAAACCUUUUGAAGCAAAUAACAGCUGGACAUCAGGUGAUGGUGUUUGUUCAUGCUAGAAAUGCCACUGUGCGAACUGCCAUGGCUCUUCGAGAAAAAGCAAAAAACAAUGGUCAUAUUUGCUACUUUUUGCCAACGCAAGGAUCUGAUUAUGGACAAGCUGAAAAACAAGUGCAAAGGUCCAGAAACAAGCAGUUACGUGAACUGUUUCCAGAGCUGAGGCAAAACAGAAGUUUGGUUGAAAACUUGUUUUCUCAUGGACAUAUCAAAGUCCUGGUUUGUACAGCCACAUUAGCCUGGGGUGUCAAUCUCCCUGCUCAUGCUGUAAUUAUUAAGGGAACACAAAUAUAUGCUGCAAAAAGAGGCUCCUUUGUUGACCUUGGAAUUUUAGAUGUCAUGCAGAUAUUUGGUCGAGCUGGACGGCCUCAGUUUGACAAAUUUGGAGAAGGCAUCAUUAUUACAACUCAUGAUAAACUCAGCCAUUACCUGACUCUCCUUACUCAGCAGAACCCAAUUGAGAGUCAGUUUCUUGAAAGCCUUGCUGACCACUUAAAUGCAGAGAUUGCUCUUGGAACAGUAACUAAUGUGGAGGAAGCAGUAAAGUGGAUAAGUUACACUUACCUUUAUGUACGGAUGAGAGCAAAUCCAUUAGUAUAUGGCAUCAGUCACAAGGCUUAUCAGAUGGAUCCCGGACUAGAGAAGCACAGAGAACAAUUGGUGAUUGAAGUUGGCAGGAAGCUAGACAAAGCCCGUAUGAUUCGUUUUGAAGAGAGAACUGAAUUUUUUUCUUCUACAGAUUUAGGCAGAAUUGCCAGCCACUAUUACAUUAAGUAUAAUACUAUUGAGACUUUCAAUGAACUUUUUGAUGCUCACAAAACAGAAGGUGAUAUUCUUGCUAUAGUAUCUAAGGCAGAAGAAUUUGAACAGAUCAAGGUAAGAGAAGAAGAAAUAGAGGAGCUGGAUGCCUUGCUGAACAAUUUCUGUGAACUUUCUGCUCCUGGAGGUGUGGAGAACAGUUAUGGGAAGAUAAAUAUCCUUCUUCAAACAUAUAUUAGCCGAGGAGAGAUUGAUAGUUUCUCUCUCAUUUCAGACUCUGCAUAUGUUGCACAGAAUGCAGCUCGUAUUGUUCGAGCCCUUUUUGAGGUUGCUCUUAGGAAACGAUGGCCUGCAAUGACAUACCGACUACUGAACCUCAGCAAAGUCAUUGACAAGAGGCUGUGGGGCUGGGCCAACCCUUUGCGACAGUUCUCAGUGCUACCACCAUCGGUCCUCACGAAACUGGAGGAGAAGAACCUCACAAUAGAUAAGAUGAAGGACAUGAGAAAAGACGAAAUAGGUCACAUGCUACGUCAUGUGCAUAUUGGGUUAAAGGUCAAACAGUGUGUCCAUCAAAUUCCCUCCAUUACAAUGGAAGCAGCUAUUCAGCCAAUUACACGUACUGUGCUCCGUGUUAGGCUGAACAUCACUCCUGACUUCAAGUGGAACGAUCAGGUGCAUGGCACAGUUGGAGAGCCCUGGUGGAUCUGGGUAGAAGACCCUACUAAUGAUCACAUUUAUCAUUCAGAGUAUUUUGUCAUUCAGAAAAAACAGGUCAUUUCUAAAGAAACUCAGCAGCUGGUUUUCACAAUCCCUAUUUUUGAACCUUUGCCUUCCCAAUAUUACAUUCGAGCUGUAUCUGAUAGAUGGUUAGGAGCAGAGGCUGUUUGUAUCAUCAAUUUUCAGCAUCUGAUUCUUCCAGAAAGACAUCCACCUCACACAGAACUACUGGAUCUUCAGCCUUUGCCUAUCACAGCUCUGGGAUAUCGAGAGUAUGAAACCCUCUACAAAUUCACCCAUUUCAACCCUAUCCAGACGCAGAUAUUUCAUACGCUGUAUCAUACAGACUGUAAUGUUCUUCUUGGAGCCCCCACAGGCUCUGGAAAAACUGUUGCUGCUGAGUUAGCCAUCUUCAGAAUUUUCAACAAGUAUCCCACAUCAAAGGCAGUAUACAUUGCUCCCUUAAAAGCACUGGUACGAGAGAGAAUUGAAGAUUGGAAAGUCAGGAUUGAAGAAAAACUUGGUAAAAAGGUAGUAGAAUUGACAGGAGAUGUGACACCUGAUAUGAAAGCUAUUGCCCAAGCUGACCUUAUUGUAACUACACCAGAGAAGUGGGAUGGAGUCAGUAGAAGCUGGCAAAACAGGAGCUAUGUUCAGAAAGUUGCCAUUCUCAUCAUAGAUGAGAUCCAUCUGCUAGGGGAUGAGAGAGGCCCAGUACUGGAAGUUAUUGUGUCUCGAACUAACUUCAUCUCAUCUCACACAGAAAAGCCUGUAAGAGUAGUUGGUUUAUCCACAGCAUUAGCGAAUGCUAGAGACCUUGCUGACUGGCUAAAUAUUAAUCAGAUGGGUCUGUUCAACUUCCGACCAUCUGUACGUCCAGUUCCAUUGGAAGUACACAUUCAGGGCUUCCCUGGCCAGCAUUACUGUCCUCGCAUGGCUAGUAUGAAUAAACCUGCAUUUCAGGCUAUUAGGAGCCAUUCUCCAGCCAAACCUGUUCUUGUGUUUGUGUCAUCAAGACGUCAGACUAGACUCACUGCCUUAGAGUUGAUUGCUUUCUUGGCCACUGAAGAUGAUCCAAAGCAAUGGCUGAAAAUGGAUGAAAGAGAGAUGAAUGAUGUUAUAGUGACAGUAAGAGAUUCUAAUCUGAAGCUGACUCUGGCCUUUGGAAUAGGCAUGCACCAUGCAGGGCUACAUGAAAGAGACAGAAAAACUGUGGAAGAACUGUUUGUAAAUUGCAAAAUCCAGGUUCUUAUUGCCACAAGCACGUUAGCAUGGGGUGUAAAUUUUCCAGCUCAUUUAGUAAUUGUUAAAGGAACAGAAUUUUACGAUGGAAAAACAAGGCGUUAUGUGGACUAUCCCAUUACAGAUGUACUUCAGAUGAUGGGACGUGCUGGUAGACCACAGUUUGAUGACCAAGGCAAAGCUGUGAUUUUAGUCCAUGAUAUUAAGAAAGACUUCUACAAAAAGUUUCUUUAUGAGCCUUUUCCAGUGGAAUCAAGCUUGUUGGAAGUGCUCUCUGAUCACUUGAAUGCUGAAAUUGCUGCUGGAACUAUUACUUCCAAGCAGGAUGCAAUGGAUUAUAUUACCUGGACUUACUUCUUCCGUCGUCUUAUCAUGAACCCCAGUUAUUAUAAUUUAGACGAUGUGAGCCAUGACACCAUGAAUAAGUUCCUGUCAAACCUUGUUGAGAAAUCUCUCCUUGACCUGGAAUGUUCCUACUGUAUUGAAAUCGGGGAGGAUAACCGUAGCAUUGAACCUCUGACAUAUGGCCGCAUUGCUUCUUACUACUAUUUGAAGCAUCAGACUGUUAAGAUGUUCAAGGAACGGUUGAAACCUGAAUGCAGUAUUGAAGAAUUGCUCUCAGUCUUGGCAGAUGCUGAAGAGUAUGCAGAUCUUCCAGUGAGACACAAUGAAGAUCAGAUGAACAGUGACCUGGCAAAACAUCUCCCCAUUGAAGUCAACCCUCAUUCAUUUGACAGUUCACACACAAAAACGCAUCUUCUGCUGCAAGCCUAUUUUAGUCGUGCCAUGCUGCCUUGCCCAGAUUAUGCUACUGAUACCAAGACAGUGUUGGACCAAUCUAUAAGAAUAUGUCAGGCAAUGCUGGAUGUUGCCGCAAACCAGGGCUGGUUAGUGACUGCUCUGAAUAUAACUAGUCUGGUGCAGAUGAUUAUCCAAGGCCGAUGGAAACACGACUCUUCUCUGCUUACUUUGCCCAAUAUAGAACAACACCAUCUUCACCUUUUUAGGAAGUGGAACCAAGGCAAAAGAAAGAGCUUGUGUGGAGGUUAUCAAGGACCUAUUGAGUGUCUUCCGGAAUUGAUUGCUGUCUCUGAAGGAAAAGAAAAUGUUUUUACUUCCAUUGUAGACAGUGAUUUGCAAGCUGUACACAUUACACAGGCUUGGAAUUUCUUGUCCCAUUUGCCAGUUAUAGAUGUUAGUUUGAGCAUUAGAGGAUGCUGGAAUGGCUCAUCUGGGGAGCAGAAUGAACUGCCUAUCCCUACUCUGGCAACAGAUAUGAGAGAUGACAAAAAGUGGAUCACUUUACAUGCUGAUCAAGAAUAUGUCCUCCAGAUAAACUUGCAGAGAGUCCAAAUGAGGCAUCACAAGGGAAGGCAAGACAGUAAAGCAGUUGCUCCUCGAUUCCCCAAAGCCAAAGAUGAAGGAUGGUUUUUGAUACUGGGAGAAAUAGAUAAAAAAGAACUCAUUGCCCUGAAAAGAGUUGGAUAUGUCCGACAUCGAAAUGCUGUCUCAGUUGCUUUUUUUACUCCAGAGUCUCCUGGAAAGUAUAUCUACACAUUGUAUAUCAUGAGUGACAGUUAUCUUGGAAUGGACCAACAGUAUGACAUUUAUCUGAACAUCAAACCACCUAGCAUUUCAGCACAGAUCAGCACUGAGGUCUCUGAAGCUGUAAGUCACCUGGCUCUGAAGUAACAUGACCUGAACAAUCCAUUUCAAAGGAGCGGUCUUGAAAUCUGUUCAGUCAUUCUGGACAAGAAAGAAAUUAUGUUUGCCUUAGUCGAAUCAACUUCUAACCUCAAGACACCUAAGAAAUUGGAAGUGACUGCUGUAUUGACUCUAGUAACACAGAGUUAGCCAUGGUGGCCUUAACCUUUUACAAAAUGUUGCCUUUUAUCAUUUCAUUUUUGUAUCAUCCUUGAAAUGUAAAACGGAUCUCUUGUAUUGUUAAUGUAAAUGCCAAAAUUGUAUGUUGGCAGUUCAGAAUAAGAAAAGUAAUAGCUAUUUUAAUUUGUACACAUUUAGUGUUCUAGUCUUCAUAUGUAAAUGAUUAAUCUGUAGCCAGUGUUGGUAUUGUUUAAAUGAUUUUUUUCUUAAUUUAUGAGGAGAAUUCAAAAUUUGAACUAGGAAUUGCAAGAAAGUAUUGCUAAUAUAUUUAGUGUGUACGACAUAUCUGUAAGAAAUUAUCUACCCUAGACCUUUCAAUGUAAAAUGUAUAGGAUAUAUAGUGAUAAAAAUCAACUCUUAAGCAUACCAUAUGUUUUGAAGGUAGGAACAUUUUUAAAAAUUUGUGUUCAUUAUACAUUCAAUAAAUCUGGUUGUAAAGUCA